CGCCUUCGAGUUCAGUCUUCCUUCCUCACACCCUCCUUCGGAUUCCCGCGCUUUGAGCUCCUCUAGGGUUUAAGAUUGGCUCCUUCAGAAGCCACUGCGAACCCUAGAGUUUUGAAGGCGACGUCGUUUUGGUGCUGAUGGACGUAGAAAUGGACGCUUCUCCAAGCUUCUUCGACCCUGAAGACCUCACAAUCAGAGAGAAGUUUCGUAGAUACGGGAAAAGGCACUUGACUUCAAGCAUAUCGCCCCACCAAGAGAAUUCAGCUUCUAAAUACAGUGAACCUAGGCUACUAUAUGACGGGCAGAAUAUACAUAGCCCGACCAAUGCUGCACUUCUUCUCGAAAAUAUUAAACAAGAGGCUGAAGGCAUUGAUGCUGAUCACUUGGAAAGAACUUCUUUCUCAAGAAGGAGGUUGCCCAUUGAUGGUGCUGAUAUGGAUGAGAAGCAUGAGGAGGAUUCACUGGCUGAUGAUGGAGAUCCAACCUUUAGCCUUUUUGCAUCGCUACUUGAUUCUGCUCUUCAAGGGUUGAUGCCUUUUCCUGACUUGAUACUAAGAUUUGAAGAAUCCUGCCGAAAUGUUUCAGAGUCGAUUAGGUAUGGUUCCAACAUUAGGCAUCGUGUUGUAGAGGACAAGUUGAUUAGGCAGAAGGCUCAACUCCUGCUUGAUGAGGCUGCUUCCUGGUCCCUUCUGUGGUACCUUUACGGAAAAGGGACUGAAGAAAUCCCAAAAGAGUUCAUCUUGUUGCCCUCAACAUCACACUUGGAGGCUUGCCAAUUUGUCAUAGAGGACCAUACGGCACAAUUAUGUUUACGCAUUGUUCAAUGGCUAGAAGGCUUAGCCUCCAAAGCACUUGACUUGGAAAGAAAGGUGCGGGGUUCUCAUGUCGGUGCCUGUCUCCCAAGCUCUGGAAUUUGGUAUCAUACUCAAUGCUAUCUUAAGAAAGGAGCCUCCAGUACAAAUACCAUUCAUCACUUGGAUUUUGAUGCUCCGACACGUGAACAUGCUCAACUACUACCUGAUGACAAAAAACAAGAUGAAUCUCUGUUGGAAGAUGUCUGGACUCUUUUAAGAGCUGGAACGGGAGAGGCAUGUCACCUUUGCCGGUCUGCAGGACAGCCAUGGAGAGCUGCAACUUUGUGCAUAUUUGGAGGAAUUGAUGAUUUUCCUUCAGUUGAAGCCUUGGUGAAAAAUGGAAAGAAGAGAAUGCAAGCCAUUGAGUUGGAAAGUGGCAUUGGCCAUCAAUGGCAUCUGUGGAAAUGGGCAUCAUAUUGUGCAUCAGAGAAAAUAGCUGAGCAAGAUGCUGGGAAAUAUGAAGCAGCAGUGUAUGCAGCACAAUGUAGCAAUAUAGGGCGCAUGCUUCCAAUCUGCACUGACUGGGAGUCAGCAUGCUGGGCUAUGGCGAAAUCAUGGUUACAUGUUCAGGUGGAUUUGGAAUUGGCUCAUUUGGAACCGGGAAGAAUGGAUCAAUUUAAAAGCAUUGGAGAUGCAAUUGAUGGAAAUCCUGGACAUAGUGACGGAGCUGUUCAGCCUUCAAAUGGACCAGGAAUUUGGCCACUCCAAGUUUUUAACCAACAACCACGACAACUUUCAGAUCUACUCCAGAAACUUGAAUCAGGGGAAUUGGUUCAUGAAAGUGUUACUCGAGGAUGCAAGGAGCAGCAACGCCAAAUUGAGAUGAAACUAAUGUUAGGAGAUAUCCCACAAUUGCUGGACAUGAUAUGGUCAUGGAUAGCCCCUUCAGAAGAUGAUCAGAGUUUCUUCAGGCCUCAUGGAGAUCCUCAGAUGAUUCGAUUUGGUGCUCAUCUAGUACUUGUGCUUAGAUAUUUACUUGAUGAUGAAAAUAAGGACACUUUGAGAGAGAAGAUUAUGAAUGUUGGUGAUCUCAUUAUACACAUGUAUGCCAUGUUUCUCUUUUCCAUACAACAUGAGGAGUUGGUGGGUAUAUAUGCUUCUCAACUUGCACGCCACCGUUGCAUUGACCUCUUUGUGCACAUGAUGGAACUGAGGCUGAACAGCAGUGUGCAUGUCAAAUAUAAGAUCUUCCUUUCUGCUAUGGGGUAUUUACAAUUUUCUCCAGUGGACAACUCAAAAGGAAGUUUUGAAGAGAUUGUUGAGAGGGUUCUGUCAAGAUCUCGGGAAAUGAAAGUUGGCAAGUAUGAUAAGUUAUCAGAUGUUGCAGAGCAGCACCGGCUGCAGAGCCUUCCCAAAGCUAUGGUUAUCCAGUGGCUAUGCUUUACACCCCCCUCCACAGUUACUAAUGUCGGGGAUGUCAGUACAAAACUUCUUCUACGAUCUUUGACACACAGCAACAUAUUGUUUCGGGAGUUUGCCCUGGGUUCAAUGUGGAGAGUUCCUGCAAUGCCCAUUGGUGCUCACACAUUACUUAGCUUCCUUGCUGAACCUUUAAAGCAACUUUCAGAAUCUUCUGAUACCGUGGAGGUUUACAACGUUUCUCAGAACCUGAAAGAGUUCCACGAUUGGAGCGAGUAUUAUUCUUGUGAUGCAAAAUAUCGCAACUGGCUCAAAAUUGAAUUAGAGAAUGCAGAGGUGUCCCCCCUUGAACUCUCAAUGGAGGAAAAACAAAGAGCCGUUUCAGCAGCCAAGGAGACUCUGAAUUCAUCUUUGUCAUUGUUACUGAGAACUGAAAAUCCUUGGUUAGCUUCAGCUCAAGAUCAUUUGUAUGAAUCUGUGGAACCUGUAUUUGUUGAAUUGCAUGCCACCGCAAUGCUUUGCUUGCCAUCUGGUGAAUGUUUGCCUCCAGAUGCAACCGUGUGCACUACAUUAAUGAGUGCUCUUUACUCUUCAGUGAGCGAGGAAGAUGUGUUGCAUAGGCAACUAAUGAUAAAUGUCACCAUAUCCUCAAAGGACAAUUACUGUGUCGAGGUGGUGCUUCGCUGCUUGGCAGUGGCAGGUGAUGGUCUUGGGUCACAGGAAAACACUGAUGGGGGUAUUCUUGGUACUGUAAUGGCUGCUGGCUUCAAGGGUGAGUUGCCUCGUUUUCAAGCUGGAGCUACCAUUGAGAUUUCCCGAUUAGAUGCCUGGUAUUCGAGCAAAGAAGGUUCCUUGGAGAGCCCAGCAACGUACAUUGUGCUGGGUCUAUGUCGUAAGUGCUGUAUUCCAGAAGUCAUUCUUCGAUGCAUGCAGGUCUCGCUUUCGCUUAUAGAGUUGGGUGUUCCACCUGAAAGCCAUGAUCAGUUGAUUGAAUUAGUUGCUAGCUCCGAAGCUGGAUUUCUUCAUUUGUUUAGUCACCAACAACUGCAGGAACUUUUAUUGUUUGAGAGGGAAUAUUCCAUAAGCCAAAUGGAGCUUGAAGAGGAGCUUUCUUCUUGACUUGUUGGUUAAGGCUAUGUCUCUUGGUGCUCGCUGCAAGGCUGAUAGGGUUGUAAAAUGGUACGUUCUGUAGUUUUACCGUUCACAGGUAUUCCGGAUCAGUGACCAACGACGGCGGCACCACCACAAUUUUUUCUACAUUUACCCCGCUGAACUUGAGAUGGAGAUAGUGACAAAUUUGAAGAUUUUAUCGUUUGUAUAGGUUUUUGUUAGACUUCUCUAUGUGGGUGGCUGAAAUUUGAAUGAUAAAGAUAUUGUUUCUCCUGGUGUCGACAAAUAUCGAUGUUAUAUUAAUUUAUUUUUGUCGAAAAUGAUCAAUGUUUUUGACAAUUUUUAUUUUUGUAAACAUGUUCUUAUUGCUACUA